GCGACGCCUGUAGGCGCAACUCUGCCUCGUCGUCAAAAAGCACUGAUAGCCUGAAACCCUGCAUCUCGUCUUCCUCGAGUCACAACGCGCCCUUGUAUCAUGUGAAGCGCAUGCUCGAGCUCUUUUUCAUGCUCAUACUGCUCACUACACUCUGCUAAAACCACAGGUGCAUAAGUAUCACGAUGACACUCUACGUUGCCGCAAACUCACCGUUGAGAUGAUAGACGUUCUGCGACAGCUUCGCCACCCCCCUCUCCACCACCAUGCCGUCGUCGCCCAACCCGCCGGCCGCCCUGGACGAUCCUGCGACACAGUCGCCCGUCCGUGCGGACCACGCGGAUUCCCCGGCGAAGGACACCUACCCCGAGACCGCAGAGGACCAGGAGGACGGCCAAGAUCGCGAACCCGGCGAGGUUGACGCUGAGCCCGAGGCCGAGUCUUCCAAGGCCUCCGAGAAGGCUCCCGCUUCCGAGGAUGCGCCGCCUCUGCCGAACGAGCCUACCCCGGAUGGACCCCCGCUGCCAAACGAGCCCGUUCCCACGCCUGAGGAUGACGGAUGGGACUGCCAGUGGGACCCGAGCGCCCAGUCGUGGUACUUUGUGAAUCGCUUCACUGGCAAGUCCCAAUGGGACAACCCGCGCGUCCCCGUUGAUGCCGCCCCGGUUACCAACUCGGCGUCCAUGCCUCCGCCCCCUACCUUGGAGAAGCCUGCGGCUGGAGGCUACAACCCCGCUAUCCACGGCGACUAUGACCCUAACGCCUGGUAUGCGAAGGGCGGUACUGAAGAGGGGGAGCCGUCAUCUAGCGCCGCCCUCAGCGACCCCUCGCAGGUGCAGGGCGUGACCGCGUCCUUCAACCGCUUCACCGGCCAGUUCCAGACGGACGACAUGGGCCCCGACCGCCACUCCGACGAGGCCAAGUCGCGGCGCCAGAUGAACGCCUUCUUCGAUGUCGACGCCGCUGCCAACGCCCAUGACGGCCGUAGUCUCAAGGCCGAGCGCUCAGGCAAGAAGCCCUCCAAGAAUGAGCUCAAGGCCUUCAAAGAGAAGCGCCGCGCCCGCAAAGAAGAGAAGCGUCGAGCCUGGCUGAGGGACUAAGAAUGGUCAAGACCACGGUGCUCACAUCAAGAUUGGGAGCACCCAACAUCUUUAUAUACUUUUUUAUCAUUCGGCUGGAAAGAUCAUCAUUGGACGGCGUUCUAGGGACUACGGUGGCAAGGCAUGUUUUAUACGGGAUUGGCAGUCGUUGGGGCUGAAGUUAGAGAGAUCCAUUUUCU